GAAAUUGCCGCAGCUUUGGUAGAGCUUUCACUUUCUUGUAACGUCCGCAAAUUUCGCAGAAUUAGUGCACAAGUCCAGUUUAUUUUUCAGUCUAUAUCGUACAGGCUGCUUUGAACUUCAAAUCCUUUCAAGCACGGAGGUCGCGAGUAACUGUGCCCAUCCAAAAGCGUAGCUUGUCUCGGCGUUAUUAUUGGUUAGUCGCUCGGUGGCCACUGCAGCGCAAACGCAUGUACGGUCAUAGCGCCGGCGCCCGCGCAUCCGCGAAAGCGUUCACGUAAACGCGUACUCUUUACCGGUCUUUACUUUUUAUUAAAUUAAUGUAUCGCUAUAAUUUUUUUGUCAGGACAUGAUGGUUUCCCGAACGUAUUUAUUUUUUAUUGGAAUCAUUUUUAAAAUUAAUUUUGUGUGUCCUAUCGCUGAAAUUGAUGAAAACGAAGAAGUACUACAUCUGAUUGGAGAGCCGGACUUUCGCGACGUCAGACUGCGGUGGGAGUACGGAAAGCCCGAUGAGGAGGACCGGCCGAAAGUGUUGGCAUUCCAAGUGCAUUACUGCGAAUUACAAGCAUGGGGGCAGUACAGAUGCAGAACAAAGGUAAUUGAUACAAUGGAAGAAGAAAAGACUACGAAACCAUCUACGAGCACGACAGAAGCGACGGCCACUACAAGUCAGCCGCUCGGUGCAAGGCGCGGGCGCAUGUACAGCACACGCAUAGUCGGCUUGCGGAUGGCGACCACAUACUCCUUCGAAGUCCGACCAGUCCAUCGAGAUGGGCGAGAUUUGGCUGACCCAGAAUCUAUUAGCUCGAAAAUUAUAAUUGUUCCUACGAAAGGAUUUUCAGCUCGAGCCACCCAAUGUUUGCCACACGCGAGUGAAGUUGAGGUCUCUACGGGUCCCUUUUUCGGAGGACGUAUCGCUGUAGAAGCAGCAGACGGCGGUCCUGAGAGAUGCUCCAUUCAAGGCAAUCCGAACAGUGCACAGGAUGCGUACAUAUUGAGGAUACACCACGACGAGUGUGGUUCAGAAGUAAAUGACACCACUGUCGCCACCUACGUCAUCGUGCAAGAAAACUUACCUAUACUUACGCACAGCACAAGACGAUUCUUAGUCCUCUGCACUUAUAAACCCGAGACUUUAACAGUUCGAGCUGGAAUCAACUUGCCUAAAUCUAACCCUGGAGAUGUGCUCCAUCACCACAAAUCUUCGAGUGGAUCCGUCGAACCAUACGAAAACCAAGACAUGGACUACAAUGAACUGCAACCAGCCAGGCUUGAAGCGAGAAAGGAGGAAUCGGAACAAAGUGCGUUCGGUGAGGUCAGUCUGGUGAUGUUUUUAGUAGUGGCUGCGUUUGGCGGCAUCGCUCUAUUAAUAUGGAAGGUGGUACCGCAAGCUGACAGAGACAACAUAUCCAUCGCCACCGUCUCGUCUCUAGCACGAAGCGGGGUCUUCAGCAGGCGAAAUAGAGACCGAUUUUCAGACCAAAGCUCAGUAUAUUCCAUUUCGUUAUCGGAAAAAGAUGAAGGAACUCCUAAAAAACCUAAUGAAGGCGACAACACGUCUGAAGCGUGAAUAUUUUAAAGUACUAUUGUGAUUGAUCUAAUUUUAUUAUUAGUUUUAAGUGCACGUUCUGUUUGGUACGCGGUUCGUACGGCAAAUUAGACUGUUUAUUUAAUAGAACCAAAACUGUUUAUUUAAUAGAAUAGCUGAUGUUCAAAAACUAUUCAGACACUAGGCAACCCGCGAUCAACUCAUUUUGAGACCGAUAACUGGUUUCCAAAGAUGCGUAACUAUAAAGAAAAUGACAUUAAACAUGAAAGAUUUUAAAAUAAAAGUAGGUACUCGUAUAUUGGCACAUUUUAAAUUCGUGGCCAGUAUUUGCUUUGCACUAGAAUCACUAACAUGAAUGCUAUGAUUGCCAUAGAUAUAUCGACUAUUUAAGAAAUUCAAGACUUGUGUGAAGUGAGCAUACGAAACUACACAACUUAAAAUGAAUUUGGGUAUCUACAUACCUAUUUGCGUUUAAUAAUUUUUUAUUGGCAAUAAAAGUAUGUAGUUAAACAAAACUACUUGUUCUUUCGUAUGUUCGUUUGCAUUGAAUUUAGUUUUAAGUUAAUACAAAUAGAAAAACGAGUGUGAAUAAAACAAAUAUUGUGAGA